CAAACUGGGCGCUUGUUGUCUGUCCCAUCGGAGAAAGGAGCGAUCGAGCUUUACGUUAUUGAAAGCUUUCAGUUCUGGCUACCAUUCACUUGCAUUGCAUGGACCUACAGAGCUGAGAUAUUCUUCUAAAAGUCUAUGUGUGUUCUGCAGAAGAAAGUCAUACACAUCUGCGAUGUCAAGAGGCCUAGAGCAGGCAGAGACUGUGGCUUACUGAUGUAACCAGUUUACAGCUCAUUUCCUAAGCCUUCCAUUCAGGAUCCAAGAACACAUUCAGGCUCCUGCCUUUGAGAAACGAUGCCUUCUGAUUGACAUAAACAGCAGUAACUGUCCAUCAUGAACAGCGAAGAAGAGUUCUAUGAUGCUGAGACAGGUUUGGAAUCAGAUGACUCGUGUGAAGUCAGCUUUAAAGAUGCCUGCAUCUAUGCAAGCAAGCAGACAGCAAAUGGCAAAGUGCCAUCUGAGAAUGGAGUAUGGGAGAGACGAACUACUCUGCCAGCACCCAUGUUCUCCAGAAAUGACUUCAGUGUAUGGAGCUUCCUAAAAAAAUGCAUUGGAAUGGAGCUGUCCAAGAUAACAAUGCCUAUUGUUUUCAACGAACCUCUGAGCUUCUUGCAGAGAAUUACGGAGUAUAUGGAACAUGCGAACCUCAUCCAUAAAGCUUGCACACUUUCAGACUCUAUAGAGCGUAUGCAGCUUGUUGCCGCAUUCGCCGUUUCUGCUGUCGCAUCACAAUGGGACAGAACUGGAAAACCUUUUAACCCUUUAUUAGGAGAGACCUAUGAACUCACAAGGGAGGAUGAGGGUUAUCGCAUAGUCUCAGAACAGGUGAGUCACCAUCCGCCAAUCAGUGCCUUGUACGCAGAGUCGCUCAAUCAGGACUUCACAUUUCACGGCUCCAUCUACCCUAAACUGAAAUUCUGGGGAAAGAGUGUGGAGGCGGAGCCUAAAGGCACAAUGACGCUUGAGUUGUCCAAGCACAGAGAGGCUUACACAUGGACAAAUCCAAUGUGUUGUGUGCAUAAUGUUAUCCUGGGUAAACUGUGGAUUGAGCAGUAUGGAACAGUGGAGAUUGUCAACCACAGCACUGGGGACAAGUGUGUGCUGAAUUUUAAGCCAUGUGGCAUGUUUGGCAAAGAGCUGCAUAGAGUAGAGGGACAUAUCCAGGACAAGAGUAAAAAGAAACAUCGGGUUGUCUACGGGAAGUGGACUGAGUGCAUGUACAGCAUUGAGCCAAAAGUCUACGAGGCAAACAAGAAAUCAGAGAAGAAGAGUGGAGGAGAGUCCAAGAAACACAAGCAGGAGCAGAGCCCAGGCGGUGAUGAUGCAGACGAGAUGCCAGACGUCCAGGAAACAGUCGCUAUGAUCCCAGGUAGCACGCUGCUGUGGAGAGUAGCCCCUCGACCGCCACACUCCACACAGAUGUAUAAUUUUACCAGCUUUGCCAUGACACUCAAUGAGCUGGAGCCUGGCAUGGUUGGAGUCUUGUCACCAACAGACUGUCGUCUGCGUCCUGACAUCAGAGCUAUGGAGAAUGGUGAUAUAGACACUGCAAGUCAAGAGAAGGAGAGAUUGGAAGAGAAGCAGAGAGCUGCUAGAAGAGAGCGUGCUAAAGACGAGGAAGAGUGGUCCACCAGAUGGUUCCAGCAAGGCAGUAAUCCUUACACUGGAGCUGCAGACUGGAUCUACAAGGGUGGCUACUUUGACAGGAGGUACUCUGAACUUCCAGACAUCUACUGAUUUGGUUGGGAAGACAGAGAGAGGCUUGAAAUUGCCCUUUGCUCUCCUUCCCUCAAUCCAUAUCAUCUCCUCUUCUUACUAAGCUCCUUUCAUCUGUGUUUUUCUUCUUUGGAAUGUGAGAUUCAAUUAAACGGUUAUCGGACAAAGCCUCUCCACACCUUGUACUCUUCACUAGAAUCUGGAAAUUCAGUGUUAAUGGGAAUGUAUUUAUUUCUUUUGAAAGGUAGGUGAAUGCCUUACAAAAUUAUUCACAUUUAUUUUCAAUGGCUCUUUUUUUUCUUUCCGUUUUGUAUGUAUGUACAGUUUGUCAGAAUUAAAGUUAAACAUUCUGUGCAAACCUCAGUAUGUGUAUAGACAUUGUUAGUUUAUAUGUACGUUCUUACCUACCUUUCCAGAUGUCUUGUUUCUAGUUAUACUCAGGUGUUUAUUUUAUGGGUACAAGUUGUUCGAGAUGGCAGAACUGUAAUGCCAUCUGUGAAGAUAGCCGAUUUUGUGUGAUUAUUGAACUGUGAGGCAUAUUAGGAGAGCAUUGUUUUGUGCUAAUAUUUUGUAUAAUCUUUAUUAUAUGAUUCUUUUUUUCAAAGUCAAAAGGAAAAUUAAGAAUAGAAAUAUUCUGCAUUGUGACAAACAUUUAAUGACAAUUAAGAUAAUUGUACCCCAAAAUGUUCAUUACUGUAAUGUGAAGGAAUCUUAUUCUCAUUUCAGUAAUACUGUAUAAAUUAAAUUCUGUACAACCAAUACUACUAUGAUUUAUAAAUGCUGUAAACUAUGUAUUUUUUUCAAUUAUGUUAAUGAGAAUUUGUUUUUUGUUUUUCCAUUACAAGACUAAGAAUUUAGAGGAGGGGAAAAUAUACUUAAUUGCCAUGAAAAUGUGACAAUGCAAAUGCAUUUAUUAAUAUUCUUAAAAAUAGGGUUGAUUUUUCUUUUAUGCUAAAUAUUAUUUAUUUAUUUAUUUGAUUUUGGGGUAAAAUAUGACCUAGGCAUAUUCUUGGCAGUUUUGACUUAGAGUUCAUGAGAAGGAAUGAAAAAGAUUUUUCCAUGUCACCCCCUCUUUGCACAGACUUAAUGCUAUACCUCAUUAAUAAGGCUCUCAGGCCAAUUAGUAACAGUCUCCAUGGUACAGGAGAGUUUACUAAAACUAAUAUUCUCAUUCCUCACAAGUUUAAAAAUGUUUUAGAUCUGUUUGUUCAGUUUUGUUUUUGUUUGACAGACAAAAAUGGAAGCUGAUUAAAACAAAUGUUUACUUGGUUAAAAAAAAAAAAAAAAAAAAAAAAAAAAGUUUAACUGUGGAAAAACAGCUCUUUUAAAUAACAAAAAUACUAUUAGAACACGGCAUUGAUAUUUUGUGUUUGUUUAUGGUUGCCAAAGCAACUCUUCUCUUGUAGAAACUAAAGCCAUAUAACUAUCUUGUCAGGACUGCAAUAUUGUGUAAAUGAGCGAUACAUCCUGGUGUACAAAAAUGUUGAAUGAUAUGGAGAUGGGUGCUAAUCUUUUUAUUUUUGUUUCAGCACUUAUGGCUCACGAAUGUCAAGAUAUUUCACCUUAGCCCACAUAAAUACACAUGUACCAAAAAAUGCUCAGUUGAUAAUGGAAUGUGCUUCAUUGCUCACAUGCUUUGUGCUAUCCAGCAAGUUUGAUUUGGCAAGACAACAGCAACAUGUAAGGACUUCAAACUUCAUGUUCUUCAAACAUACUAAUCGAAGACAGGAGAUGACCUCAGAGGACUGUGAAAGACACCACUGUCUUUUUAUUUCAAAACUUAAAACAAUACUGUGAUUUUAACACUCAAGUCUCAGAAGCUAUGCAAAAUUAAUCGGAAUGUCUGUUCGUCUAUGAAUGUCUUUACUGUUUAUGUAAAAUACUUUGUUUAGCACAAACGUAUCGAGCAUGUUAGGACUUGUGCUGAUGGUUUUACAUGGUUUUGUUGGCUGUUUUGCACAGCUUUUGUGUGUUUCCCUUUUGCCUGAAGUUGGGCCGAUGUAGAGUUUGAUGGACAGACAGUUGUUUGCAACUGCAAUGACAACACAUCUAAUUAGAGCUUAUUAUCGAUCAUCUACACUUAAUGGGUGCUCAUUGUCUGUUGAUUAGCACAUGACUAUUUAACUUAAAGUAAUAUGUCCCAUGUAGUGCAUAUACAGUACUGUGCAAAAGACUUAGGCAUAUAAGAUGUUUCACAAAAGCAUUUGUCUUAAGAUGGUUAUUUAUAUCUUCAGCUUUAGUGUGUCAAUAGGAAAAAUUCAUUUUAGACUCCCAAACAUUACUUUUGCAAGUAGAAAAGAUUAGAAUAGAAGAACAGGGAGCCCUGCAACAGAUGUCAUGGCCCCCACAAAGCCCCCCACUGAACAUCGUGUCAGUCUGAGAUUACAUAAAGAGACAGAAGCAAUUGAGACAGUCUAAAUAGAUAGAAGAACUGUGGUGAAUUCUCCAAGAAGCUUGGAACAUCUUAUCUGCCAAUAACCAAGAAAAACUGUGUCCAGGUGUACCUAGGAGAAUUGGUGCUGUUUUAAAGGCAAAAGUGGUCACACCGAAUACUGAUUUAUCUUUUUUAUGUUUACUGGACUUUGUAUGACAUUAAGUGAUAAAUGAAAACUAUUUAUGUCAUUAUUUUUGAAGACAUCCUCACUAUGCAACAUUUUUCACAAGUGCCUAAAACUUUUGCACAGUACUGUAUGUCCAAAAGCCAAGCUUCAGACUAUGUCAUACUUUAUAGGAAAGAGAUAGCUAUGCAUUAUUUCCCUCCAUGUUUUAUACUAUAUUUUAUGGCAUGUCUGAACAUAAAUUAGUUAAUAUCACUAUCACUGCUUACUAGCAAUUUGUUAGAAAUAGCUUACAAUAUUAUUCCACCAGCUACUAACUUAAUAACUUUUAGUGCCCUUGAAAUUAUGAGACAUUAAAAAAUAAAUAAAUGACUAUACACAUCCCCAAUUGCCUCUUGAUUUUGUGCCAUCUCCAUCCAUUGUUGCUUUAGCAAUCACAUCAAGUUAAUGUAAAAGUAAACCUGGUCACAUUGAAUGCAACUAUGUAAAGCAAACAUACACAGAAAUAUCUGUCAAUUUCAAGUAAUUUUGUCUGUGUUCUUAUUUAGCUGUUGAUAUUGGUUGUUACACUGAGGAUUGUUUCUAUUAUUAAACUCACUACUACCUUGAUAGAUGCCCAAAUUAUGCCACUGUGGUGCUAUACUAGCUUUACAUAACUGUGUAUUGUGACUUUAUACUGCAUUUGUAUAGAUUGUGUGGAUCAUCACAAUUCGUGACAAAAAUGCACUUAAGCCGUCAUAUGAAUCUGCUUGUGUAAACUAGCAAUAUUAAUGAUAUAUGUAAGACCUCACAGGUUGAAUACAUUUCAAUUAGCUUUUUGUGUCUUUAGAAUCAAACAAAUGGAAUUGACAAACUAUUUGGAAGAAGCUAAUUUAAGCUUCCUUGAUAUGUAAGAUGGUGAGGAAGUUUGUAAAUUAUCUUUUGUCUUGCUUUGUCAAUGUCAUUAAUAUAGAGGAUCUGAUUAAACAUA